AUGGAGAACGUCGGCGACGUCGUCGUGGACGCACCAGUAGACAUCACCGACAACAACCAUGGGGACGAGCUAACCCUCGAGGUGACACCCGAGUUUGCACCGCGCUUGGAGCCCCUAUUUCAGCUGCAAGCGUCCGAAGAAGACACAUCCAAAGGCGCUCAGCUCUGCGCGGCGUCGAAAGAAGGUGCGAUCGAAACCGUGCGCAAGCUCGUGCUCGAGAAUGCGCCCGUCGGAUUUGUGACGACGUCGGGCUGGACACCGCUCGCGUUUGCUUGCUUCAACGGACGCCUCGAGGUGGUGCAGUACUUUCUCGAUCUGGGGGCUGCCGACACGUACAAGCAGGCGCCCAUCAUGACUGGCGAGAAGCGCAAGCCGGCGCAGGUCAACACGCCGCUGCACUGGGCCAUCUACAAGGGCCACCCAAUGGUCGUGUACACGCUCGUGACAAAUGGCUUUUCGAUUGAAGACGCCGAUUCGUGCGGCAACCGCGCGUUGCACCUCGCUUGCUCCAAUGGCACGUUCGCCAUCAUUGAAAUCAUCUUGUCGCACGCGCCCGACCUCACGGCCAAGAACGUCUAUGGCAACACGCCGAUGGACCUCACGACGGACGGUGCGGUCCGCAAGCUCCUGAAGAAGAUGCAAACGCAAACGAUGUGCGACGAGUGCCACGACGUGUUUUCACGCAGCCGCCGCGGUACGCUGUGCCAGCAGUGCCACAACCUUGUCUGCAACACUGGCUCGUGCUCGUCGAGCCUCGAGAUGCCGUGGGGGACGACCGCAAAAGCGUGCGCCGCGUGCGCGCUUGCGCAGGUCGAAGCCGACCUCGAGCAGGUGCUGACCUCGAAGCGCUUGGCGGUCGCCGAAGCGAUGUCGCCGCUCGCGGCGCUUGACGGCGUC